AUAAAGUACAAAAUUGUAGGAAACUAUAGUAAAGUGUCAAGAAACAUAUAUAUGGUGUACAGUUAUAAAGGAACAGAUGUCUCUUAAAUGCCCGUUGGUAGAGUUAGAUUCUGUCAUUGACGUAAAAUCUAAUAAUUGAUACGCUUGUGCAGCGACAUUUGUGCGAGAGAUCCGUCUCACGGGGCGUUAUCGAUUAAUGCGAAAAGUUUUGAUGUUUGUCGUGCGAUCUUUGAGCAGAAGAGUUCUUUGCGCGUGGUGACGUGAACCGUGUAUAUAUAUAUGUUCCUGAAAUACUGAGAAGUAGGAAUCUCGCAUGCUAAUUUCGUGAAUCAUCAAUCAUCAGUCGUACGAGAGAAGUCGACUCACUGACAGUUUUGUUGACAACUGCGUAUACCGAGAGUGGAUUAACGCUCCGUAACAACAUCUCGUCGUUUUCGACGAAGUAUUAGCGCGAGCCUAACAUCACAGACUGUUCAAGAUGGAUAUUGGAUUCUCAUCCUAUCAUAACGGUGGCCCUGCCAGGGAGCAAGAUUUUGGCAGGUUGUCUCAGACUAUUGGCACCUCUAUAUUGAAGGUGUCACAGAAUGUAUCUUCUAUGCAGAAGAUGGUCAAUCAAUUGGGCAGUUCUACUGACUCUCAAGAGCUGAGAAAUCAGCUGCAUCAGAUACAGCAUUAUACACAACAGUUAGCGAAGGAUACCAGUGUUCAUCUACGAGACUUGGCUAUAUUAGCAAAUAACUCUGGUUCUAUAAGUCCUGGAGAACAAAGACAGCGCAAAAUGCAACGAGAGCGCCUUCAGGAUGAGUUUACAAGUGCAUUAAAUUCUUUCCAAGCUGUACAAAGGCUAGCUGCCUCCAAGGAAAAAGAAAUGGUCAGAAAGGCCAAAGCUAGCGCAGGCAUUGCUCCAUUUGGAGAAAAGAAACAAGAGACACUCAUAGAAUUGCAAGAUAGUAAAACAUAUACAAGUGAAAAUACACAACUGAAGAUGAUGCAAAAUCAACAGCAGGAGCAGUUGAAUUUGCGUAUGUUGGAAGAGCAAGAAGCUAGCAUCAGGCAAUUGGAGAGCAACAUUAGCGAUAUCAAUCAAAUCUUCAAAGAUCUUGGUGCUUUGGUGUAUGAUCAAGGAGAAGUGAUCGAUUCUAUAGAAGCUUCAGUGGAGAGAACCGAGGUGUCAGUUAACGAGGGUGCAUCUCAAGUGAGGCAAGCGAGUAUCUAUCAAACUAAGUUGCGCAAGAAGAAAUGCGUUCUCGUGUUAAUCGGAGCGGCUGUACUGUCGAUUUUGAUUGCUAUUAUAGUUUGGCAGACCAAGUAAAUAUUAGAUGUGCACACGUAUAGUGUGACGAUACUCGUAGCGCUAAGAAAGACUGCAGACUUGUACAGAUCGAAGAAUAUUCAGUCUGAGUAACAUUACACAUACAUUUAUAUUUUUAGUAAUAUUCCUCUCUGAAUUUAGUUACUUUCAGUAUCCAAGAAAUAGUACAUUUAUAGAGAUACGCGUAAAGAAAACGUGAGAAACUGACAUCUUAAGAAAUUGAGCCAUUUUGAUCGUGAUAAUCAUCGAUGCGAGCUCUAAUUUGCGAUUAAAGUUUAAACGGCACGUCCAGGGAGACUGCCACGGUCCAUUUGUACGUUUCAGUACUUAUAUAAUGUGCAUGAUAAUCCACUCAUAUAAUAAGCAAGUACACGCGCGUGCGCGCAUAUACAUAUAUAUAUAUAUAUAUAUAUAUAUAUAUAUAUAUAUAUAUAUAUAUAUAUAUAUAUAUAUA